AUGCCGGAUAUCACUGUUUUUCCAGAAGUCCCCGCCUUCCUGAAGACCUGCCCUUGGUACUUCUUUUAUCUAGCCCGUGGGCAAAUCGACCUUGUUCAUCCCCCCUUCAAGAAGAACUUGAAUGGUGAGAUUAUCGUUACUCUUGGAGAGGUCUUUUGCAGAGUUCCCGAUUGCAAGAAUGGCAGAUCUCCCCUGCCUUCGACUUCCUAUCUACGCAGCCAUCUCCGGGGACAUGGCUAUGUUGUUGAACAGGCCAAAAACGGGCGUCUUAACAAAACCGAGCAGGUCGCCGCUAUGGAGUGGUUUGAGCAUUUGAUGAGGAACCAAGAGCAUAAGAAAGGUGGAAAUGGAGAUGGCCAUGGCCACACACAUGAAAAGAAACGCCAGGGCAAAAAGAAAGGUAACGAGAAGGAGCACCAUGAAGAUGAAGUCGAAGAGGAAGACGAAGACUUGAAGGAAUAUGAGUGUUACUAG